AUGCCUGUUGAUCAAAGACGAAUCAAUGGUCCAGAAGUGUCAGUUCCUUAUCAAAUUUAUGUUGAUUCCACCAGCAGUAAAACAGAAAAUCCGGAAAAUUAUUUAAAAAAACGUAAAGACGGGAGGAAAUUUCAGGAUGUACGAAAAAUAUUCAUAAAAACAGGUGUCGUAAGUCAAGCAAAAGGAUCCGCGUACAUAGAAUUGGGAAAGACAAAAGUUGUAUGCUCGGUUUUUGACCCACGAGACAUUCCAAAUAAAUCUGGAUACAGUUUGCAUGGAAAUCUUUAUUGUGAAUUCAAAUUCGCAUCAUUUUCAUGUGACAAACGUAGAAUUCAUCAGCAGGAUGCUGAAGAAAAAGAGUUCAGUUUGAUAAUGCAGCGAUCAUUGGAACCGUCGGUUUGCCGGCAUGAGUAUCCAAACUUUCAAAUAGACAUCUAUGCAAUGGUACUUGAUAAUGGAGGUUCUUGUUUGGGAGCGGCGAUUACUGCUGCUAGUCUAGCUCUUAUUGAUGCUAAUAUUUCAACUUAUGGUAUUGUUACUGCAGUCACAGCGGGUAUUUAUGCAGACACUGUAUUCUUGGAUCCAACAACAGAAGAAGAAUCGCUCUGCAUGUGCGUACCAUCACGUGCUCACAAGUCAAAGAGUCAUGGUAUCAUGAUGCAAGCGAGUCUGUUGCAGAAAAAUCAAGUUUCUGAAUUAUAUUUCGUAGGGAAUAUCGAUCUCGAGAGAAUAAAAUCAACUAUGGAAGCAUUGACCAAAGCUAGCAAUGAUUUGUCUCUGGUUACCCAACAGUAUUUAGUUAAACUGGCGUUGAAAAAAUAUAAGGAAAACUCUAAAAUUACAAGUAAAGAUCGGGCUUGAAAAUAAUUUUGUAUUUUUUCAAAUUUUUUAUUGAAAUAAAUAAGAUAUUUUUAAAUUA